AUGAUCAAUGCAUCUACAACACCCUUCUUCCAGUCUCCAUUCUACAGCGCAAUGCUCCACCAUCUGUGCAGAUCAACAAUCCGUCUACAUGUUGCUGGUCGAGCAGCAUACACCUCACUCGCCUGCACAGCCGGACGGCUACCCCACGAUCCAUCAUCGCGUCACCCUACUAUCACUAUUCCUACGUUUGCGACGCCUGCAGCAGCAGCAGCAUUACUGGUGCCGUUGUCUGCAGCCAAACGCGUGUCGGUCGCCGCGGUGAGGAUGCAGCCACCAGCGCGUGGAAUGGCCGGGCACUCCAAGUGGAAGACGAUCAAGCACGCCAAGGCAGCCACCGACGCCAAGCGAGGCAAGCUCAUCACCAAGUUCUCGCGCGAGAUUAGCAGCUGCGUGCGCGAAAGUGGCGAAGAUCCAGUCUUCAAUCCUCGCCUGGGCGCCAUCAUUGAUCGCGCUCGCCAGAACGACGUCCCCAUCGACAAGAUCCGCAACGCCAUCAAGGUCGCAGCGUCGGGCAAGGAGGUUGACGACAAGGCGCAGGUCCACUUCUUUGAGGCGCGAGGCCCUGGCAAUGUUUCGUUGCUGAUUGAAACGCUCACAGAGAAUACGCGGCGGACCUUCCCCGAAAUCCGCGCAUUGCUCAGCAAAGUCGGCGGUGAACCGGCGCCCGUAGGAUACAUUUUCAAGCGCGUCGCGGUGGUGACCAUUCGGUUGGCCAGCGACGAGGAUUUGGCCAAACUUUCCCAGUGGGACGAUCUAGCCCUGGAGGUUGGCGUGCAUGUCGGGGCCGAGGAUACCGAGGCGGAUGUUGAGGAAUCCACCCUGUCGUUCAUCUGUCAACCGAGCGACAGCGCUGCCGUUCGCGACGCCGCGACCAAACUUGGUGUUGGUCCGCCCAUGCUGCGAAUCGACUUUUUAUCCGAAUCUCAAGUGUCGAUUGGCAACGCCGAAACACAAGAGCAGUUCGAGUGGCUCAUGGAGGCUCUGGAUGAUCACGCCGACGUGAUGAAUGUGUUUGACAACCUCGAUCGUUCCCAGGCCGAGUAG